AUGACCAAUGUCACUGCAGUGACCCGAUUCUUCCUCAUGGGGUUCUCUGAUGACCAGGACCUGCAGACUGUAUGUGGUGUGCUCUUCCUGGUGAUGUACCUGGCUGCUGUAACGAACAACCUUCUCAUUAUCACUCUCAUCACUGUGGACCUGCAGCUCCAAACACCCAUGUACUUCUUCCUGAAGAAUUUGUCCCUGAUUGAUGCCUUACUUUUGUCUGUCCCAAUCCCAAAUUUCAUCAUCAAUAGCCUAAGUCACAAUAAUUCCAUUUCCAUUCCGGGAUGUGCCUGCCAGAUUCUUCUAAUGACUUCCUUCUCAGGAGGAGAGGUAUUUGUCCUCACUGCCAUGUCCUAUGACCGCUAUGUAGCUAUCUGCUGUCCCCUGCACUAUGAGGCCAUCAUGAGUGGUCGUGUCUGUGUGCUGAUGGCAGGAGUUUCCUGGGCCAUUGGAGCACUCUUUGGAGCUUUGUACACAGCUGGAAUAUUUUCCAACCCUUUCUGUGGCUCGAAUGUGAUCCCACAGUUUUUCUGUGAUGUUCCUUCAUUACUGGGGAUUUCAUGUUCUGACACAUUAGUGGUAGUUUAUGUAUGUUUUGGAAUGGGUAUAUGUCUAGGAAUCUCUUGUUUCAUCUGUGUCAUGGUCUCUUAUUUUUACAUUUUCUCCACUGUCAUGAAGAUUCCUACCACUGAAGGUCAGUCAAAAGCAUUCACCACCUGCUUCCCCCAUCUCAUUGUUUUCACCAUGUUCAUGAUAACUGCUUGUUUUGUUUAUCUGAAGUCCCUUUCAGAUACACCUUCAGUUAUUGACAGGGUGUUUUCUGUGAUAUAUACUGUUCUUCCUCCAGCCCUCAACCCUGUGAUCUACAGCCUGAGGAACACUGAUGUGAAAUGCGCUCUCAAAAGGUGGCUACAAAGCCACUUUCCACAGUGUCCUCCUUUUGACACUUUGAUGGUGUCUAUUUGUUGA